CAUACACCAUUACGUUUUUAAAAAGGUGACAUAUCAGGAAGUCAAUUCAAAUGAGCACUGUUGCGUUCAGAGCAGCUUCUCAGAACUGCAUGGGUGCCACUGGAGUACACAUCUCUUCUCUUGUUAACUCGUCCUCUCUUCAUCAUGAUAAACACCUUUCACUCUAGCUACAAUCCCCCACCAGUACCUCCACGGGCAGGAUACAGCAAACCCCAGCCACCGGGAAAUACACCUAUGGUCAAGUUUUUGUCAGUGAUGCUACUGCUGUUAAUGAUACUGACCUUCGGAGGCUUCCUCUACCUGUUCCAGAAACUCAACGUGGAGCUCCGUGGGAGUUAUCCUGCAGAUUUACUGAGACUAGAGAACUGUGUGAAUGACAAACUGGGAGAAGACUCAGUGGCAGAAUGUGGCCAACUGAUAGAAAAAUAUAAAGAUGUCAUUGCAAAGGUUUCACAAGCAAACGAAAAAGUGUCUAAGUUAACCGGAGGGCCAUCUUUCAAUGGACCGGCUGCAUACAUGGUUCUUCUGAACCAACAUAAAGAUACAAAUUCAGAGUUCCAAAGGUCAAACUAUCUUCUUUGGGAUCGAGAUGAUUCACUGCUACAGGACGUCGGGCUUAACAGCAAAAGGGACAUGUUGAUCAUUCACUAUCCUGGAAUCUAUUUCAUCUAUUCCCAAGUCACCUUCUCCAAACAUUCAAAAAGUGCAUUAAUGCAAGCCGUAAGGAGCCCAGAACCCACGAAAGAGAAAGACAAGGAGCUACUCAAGUCUUUUUGCAGCUUGAACCCAAGCAAACCAAAUUUGUGUACAGCCUCCCUGGUGGGGGUUUUUCGACUACAGAAAGACCAACAGCUCUAUGUCACAGUAACAAACACAUCCUUGGUGAACAGGGACUCCUGCAGCUUUGGAUUAUUCAAAUUACGGUAAAGAACACUCUGGACCUGAACCAGUCAAGGGGGAGAUGGAUGAUAUGAGACAGUCAGAGGAUUGGCUGGAUCAAGGCACUAUAAUUAAAUGGAUAAUUAUACAGUGGCAUCUGAAAGAUUUUAGCUCCAGGGAAAAUCUUCUCCUUUACGUCAAACCACAAUCCAAGUUCAGGACAAACAAGGAAAUCACAUAAAUCUUUCUGAAUAUGGGAACAUCCUGGAAUUUCCUUUCAACUAUAUUGUUCAUUGCAAAUAGAAUUUGAUAAGAAUACUAUGAAUGUUUUCAAACCACUAGUGGCAGUGUUUGUAUGAAAUUAUUUAUUGCUUAUUUAGUUUCCCUUUUUAAUAUUUGCUCUUCUUUUUUAUAACAACAAUAAUAAUAAACUAUUGAAUUUAUAAUAAAGAUAUUUAUUGAGGUAUACGCUUGACAAAAUUA